CCGCGUCAGAGGAGAAUCGGUCUUAAAGGGCCAGCCUACACGCGUCCCUUUGUUCGGGGCCGCCGUCCCUUUCCUCUCCUUGUCCACUCUGCAGAACGGCCAUGAUUUCCCAGUUCUUCAUUCUGUCCUCCAAGGGGGACCCACUCAUCUACAAGGACUUCCGCGGGGACAGUGGAGGCCGGGAUGUGGCCGAGCUCUUCUACCGGAAGCUGACGGGACUGCCUGGAGAAGAGUCCCCGGUUGUCAUGCACCACGAUGACCGGCAUUUUAUUCACAUCAGACACAGUGGUCUCUAUUUGGUGGCCACGACUUCAGAAAACAUUUCUCCCUUCAGCCUCCUGGAGCUGCUCUCUCGGUUAGCCACACUCCUGGGCGAUUACUGCGGCUCCCUGGGAGAGGGGACCAUCUCCCGCAACGUGGCCCUCGUCUAUGAACUCCUGGAUGAGGUGUUGGAUUACGGCUAUGUGCAGACCACAUCCACGGAGAUGCUGAGGAACUUCAUCCAGACCGAGGCUGUGGUCAGCAAACCCUUCAGCCUCUUCGAUCUCAGCAGCGUGGGCUUGUUUGGGGCUGAGACACAACAGAGCAAAGUGGCCCCCAGCAGUGCAGCCAGCCGCCCCGUCCUGUCCAGCCGUUCUGACCAGAGCCAAAAGAAUGAAGUGUUUUUGGAUGUGGUUGAGAGACUGUCCGUACUGAUAGCAUCUAAUGGCUCACUGCUGAAGGUGGAUGUGCAGGGGGAGAUCCGACUCAAGAGCUUUCUUCCCAGUGGCUCUGAGAUGCGCAUUGGCUUGACAGAAGAAUUUUGUGUGGGGAAGUCGGAACUGAGAGGUUAUGGGCCAGGAAUUCGGGUGGAUGAAGUCUCAUUUCACAGCUCGGUGCAACUGGAUGAAUUUGAGUCUCAUCGAAUACUCCGCUUGCAGCCACCUCAGGGCGAGCUGACUGUGAUGCGGUACCAACUCUCAGAUGACCUCCCCUCCCCGCUUCCCUUCCGGCUCUUUCCCUCUGUGCAGUGGGACCGAGGCUCAGGCAGGCUCCAGGUUUAUCUGAAGUUACGAUGUGACUUGCCCCCAAAGAGCCAGGCUCUCAAUAUCAGGCUUCAUCUUCCCCUGCCUCGAGGGGUGGUCAGCCUGUCUCAGGAGCUGAGUAGCCCAGAGCAGAAGGCAGAGCUGUGGGAUGGAGCCCUUCGCUGGGACCUGCCUCGGGUGCAAGGAGGCUCUCAGCUCUCAGGCCUUUUCCAGAUGGAAGUCCCAGGUCUGCCCGGGCCUCCUGGUCAAGGACAUUCCACCUCAGCCCCUCCUCUGGGGCUGGGCCCUGCGAGCCUCUCCUUUGAACUUCCCCGGCACACGUGCUCCGGCCUCCAGGUUCGCUUCCUCAGGUUGGCAUUCAGACACUGCAGCAAUGCCAACCCCCACAAGUGGGUGCGACACCUAAGCCACAGUGAUGCUUAUGUCAUUCGGAUCUGAGGCUCCCCAAACAAGGACAUGGGCAGAAAAGACGGUGGCCUGUGGUUCAGGAGGAGGACGCUACUGUCUUCUCCAUUCUUCUGGCCUGUGGUUAUGGAUCUGGCUGGAAGAGACCUAAGUCCUAGAGACCACGAGGGCUCAACAGGUUAGAUCCUUCCAUUGUAUCGGACACAGGAAGGACUGAGGUGAAUCGGAACUUUUAAAUCAAACUUUUAUUAUGA